UGGAGCGGCACCGGCAUAAAUACCACCCGGCCGCCCCGCUCCCGUGUCCACCGCAAACACAACCCAACCCAACACACACACGCCUAGCUCUAGCUUGAGAGAGAGGGAGAGGAUGGCGGGAGCGGUGAACGGCGUGGAGGCAGCGCAAGCUCAGGGCGGCGGCGCGGCGGCGGGGGAGGCGGCGAUCAGGCACCGGACGGUGGAGGCGAACGGCAUCGCGAUGCACGUGGCGGAGUCCGGGCCGGAGGACGGGCGGGCGGUGCUGUUCCUGCACGGCUUCCCGGAGCUGUGGUACUCGUGGCGGCACCAGAUGGCGCACCUCGCCGCGCGGGGCUACCGGUGCGUGGCGCCCGACCUGCGCGGCUACGGCGGCACGGAGGCGCCGGCCGACGUCGCGUCCUACACCGCCUUCCACGUCGUCGGCGACGCCGUCGCGCUGCUCGACGCCCUCGGCAUCGGCAAGGUGUUCGUGGUGGGGCACGACUGGGGCGCCAUCAUCGCCUGGUACCUCUGCCUCUUCCGCCCGGACCGGGUGACGGCGCUCGUCAACACCAGCGUCGCCUUCAUGCGCCACGUCUUCAUCCGCGCCGGCGCCGCCGCCGUCAAGACCACCGACUACUUCAACCAAGCCUACGGCCCGACCUACUACAUCUGCCGCUUCCAGGAGCCGGGGGUGGCGGAGAAGGAGUUCGCGCCGGCGCACGCGAGGCACCUGAUGACGCGGAUCCUGAGCGACCGCUUCAGCGAGCGCGCGGCGGGCAAGGAGCCCAAGGACGGCGGCGACGACGACGCCGAGGCGCUCCCGCCGUGGCUCACGGAGGCGGACAUCGACUACUUCGCCGCGGCGUUCGAGAAGACGGGCUUCACGGGCGCCAUCAACUACUACCGCAACAUGGACCGGAACUGGGAGCUGGCGGCGCCGUGGGCGGACGCCAAGGUGGCGGUGCCGACCAAGUUCAUCGUGGGGGACGGCGACCUGACGUACCACUACGCCGGGAUACAGGACUACCUGCACAAGGGCGGGCUCAAGGCGGACGUGCCGCUGCUGGAGGAGCUGGUCGUCGUCCCCGGCGCCGGCCACUUCAUCCAGCAGGAGCGGGCGCAGGAGGUCAGCGACCACAUCCACGACUUCAUCGCCAAGUUCGCUGCCUUCUUCCCCAAUGCCUUGCGACGAAACCGAACGUCCUGGCCACUCCCAAACCAUCCCAACCCGCCGCUGGUGCUAGCUCCGCCCGCCGCCGACGAAGCCAAACUUCUCGCCGCCGACGUGGUUUUCCUCUGCUCACAUCGUGCGUCCAGGCUGCUUGUCCGAUUGGCCGUGUCCAAACUAUUCGACGCCGGCACAAUCAUACUGCUCAGCCCCGUCGGCCGAGGGCAGGCUCCUGACGCCGAGCAAAAAAUUGUCAUAUUUGCCACCCUUGCAACAACUAAAAUUGUCAAACUGAAUGUUGACGGGGCUGUAGCAAAAUCAUCAAAUACAGCUAUAUACCGUGAAGACCCGUCGACACGUCUGAGUCAAAAGGCAGCAACGCCCAAGUCCCAUUUCCCCACCCGGCACAGUCUCACCCGAGCUCAGCUCAGCAUCCCAAAGCGGCACUGCACGACACAACCGUCGAUUCGAAGCGACAGAGUCCAGCCGGUUCGUCCGACCAUGGCGGCGGCGGCGGCGGCGCCGGAGAUCAGGCACCGGCAGGUGGAGGCGAACGGCAUCACGAUGCACGUCGCGGAGGCCGGCCCGGCCUCCGCCGCGGCGCCCGCGGUGCUCUUCGUGCACGGCUUCCCGGAGCUCUGGUACUCGUGGCGCCACCAGAUGGGGCACCUGGCGGCCCGGGGCUACCGCUGCGUCGCCCCCGACCUCCGCGGCUACGGGGGAACCUCCGCGCCGCCCGACCCCGCCUCCUACACCGCCUUCCACGUCGUCGGGGACCUCGUCGCGCUCCUCGACGCCCUCCGUCUCCGCCAGGUGUUCGUGGUGGGGCACGACUGGGGCGCCAUCGUGUCGUGGAACCUCUGCCUGCUGCGGCCGGACCGGGUGCGCGCGCUCGUCAAUCUCAGCGUCGCCUUCAUGCCCCGCCACCCCUCCGCAAAGCCCCUCGACUACUUCCGCCGCGCCUACGGGGACGACUACUACGUCUGCAAAUUCCAGGAACCUGGAUAUGAGGCACAAUUCGCUAGUCUUGACUUGAAGAGGUUCUUCAAAAUGGCGAUAACUGUUCAAACCACAGGUUCUUCUGCUAUGUCCCUCCAAAAAAUGCAGUCAAGCAACAAGCAAAUAACACUGCCUUCUUGGCUCUCCGAGGAGGAUGUCAGUUACCUAGCAAGUGUAUAUGCAAAAACUGGCUUUGCUGGUGGCCUUAAUUACUACCGCUGUCUAGACCUGAACUGGGAGCUGAUGGCGCCAUGGACCGGAGCGAAAGUGCAAGUGCCGACCAAGUUCAUCGUCGGGGACGGUGACCUGGCAUACCAUCACCCAGGAGUCAAAGGCUACAUACACAAGGGUGGGCUCAAGAGAGACGUGCCCAUGCUCGACGAGGUGGUGGUGAUCAAAGAUGCCGGACACUUCAUCCAGCAGGAGAGAGCACAGGAGAUCAGCGAACACAUCUAUGAAUACAUCAAGAAGUUCAGCACAGACCCCACACAUAAAUUAUCAAAAUUGUGAGGUCACUCGUUGAUGUACAAAAUUAAUAAAAAUACCUGUAUUUGAGUAUGCGGCCGUGAGAUAGUUGUACAACUUCAAAGCCUGUUGGUUCAUGCACUGAAAUGAGGUACUUGUAUGCA